AUGUCAGCUCCCGGCGCCGAAGACGGUGCAGAUCCAAAUGCCCCACUCACCGCCGAGCCGGCCGGCGGUCGGGUGUGGCAAGCCUGCCUCGCGUGCCGGCGAAAGAAGAUCAAAUGCGAUGGCAAACAACCUUAUUUGAAGAACCACACUUUCCGGCCCGUUACGGACGACAUUUUUGUGCAUUCAGGAAUGAUUGAAUAUCUGCAAAGCAAAGAGUUCGCCGACGAGUUCAAGAUCAGAGGAUACAAGAUUUUGAUUGGUGAAGUGCACAACGAGGAAACGUUGUACUCGUCAUACAAUGCCCCCACUGAACCAACCGUAGACGCACUCAAACUGCAAGUUUCGAAUUACUAUGCCCCUCAGGGAAACAUUGUGUCCGACGGCCAAGUGCGCGCGCCGUCUCGAGCUUUUGCUAAAGCAUUGGUUGACAAUGGCCUCGACCUGCAAGACGUAUGGAGAUAUCACAUUGCAUAUCGUUUGUCUUUCAUCGAUGCAGAGGUGGCCCCGGCCUCUUUCAGCAUCGCGCAUGCGAUGGACAAGCCAACAGGAAGAAACAUUCGAGUCUUGAGAAGAAAAAAAGAACUGACUCUAGCCCCACCAAACAGCUUUGCGAUUUGCCACGGACCAACGGCCGCUGAGAGACAGCUGAUGGAGGGUUGGAUCCAGAUCUUGAAAGCUUUUGUGAAUGAUGACAAAGUGUACAAGUUUGGCACGACUUCAAUGGAUCAAAUCAAGGUUAUGACUCCAGAGGGAAAGGUCGAGAUUCGUUCAGACGAAAGAUGGGAGGAGCUGGUGAAGUUGGGAGGCAUCAUUGCGGGCAAUUAG